CACGGACCCGCGUAAUUUAGAGACCUCAUUUAGGUGCUUCAUUUUUUCGAAGCACAAUUUUCCACACCUAGUAGUAUGCUUGAGAAGUAGCAUACGACCAACAGUGAAAAGACGAAGAGACGAGAGAAGCCGAAUGUUUGCAUGCUUGCAGUGCUCAGUGAACGGACACUGCGGCCUAGCUAUUACGAAAGCACCGGUCUGUCCUUAGACUAUUAUCCCGGCAAGACGAGUCUACUCACGGUAGGGAGUAUUCGAGUACAGGGACUGCCGAGGACGCCGGGUGGUCAUGUUCAUGGAAGAGAGGGGGUGUGUUUAUGUAUCAUUACGAAAGUAGGCGGGAAUUUGUUAAGUUAUCGCCAUUUGUACUCUAUAACAUACACUUUCUAUCGUUCGCACAUCUGUUUUCAGCAUGUACCGUGUUCUUGGUUAGACUUUUCAGUGUAGGAUUUAUCUUCAAGAGAUGCAACAGAAUGUGCUAUUGUUAAUAUCCGUGCAGUUACAGAGGCAUAAGUAAUAAUUCAUUUUUAGACACUGAUUACUUUCGGACUGAAAUUCAACGCAUAACCGUUUUUACAAAUAUGUAUUUCUCAUCAGGUCAGCAUCCUGCUUCCAUGCUGCCUGCGACUUCUUAGAUUAGUCAAUGUACUGAGUGGCAAUGGCUUUUGAGGAAAUCAACAAUAAAGGAGAAAUGGGUAAUGACACUUCUAUAUCGCAGUCAGAAAUAGCAUGAUUAAUUAAUCAUAAUGCUAAAUGUAUACAUCUAGGCCGAGCUAGGAGACCCAAGUUUGAUUCCACCCUCAGCCAUCUAUCUCUGUGUGGAGUUUGCAUGUUCUCCCCAUGCAUGCAUGGGCUUCACCGGGUACUCCGGAUUCCUCCCCCAUUCCAAAAACAUGCUAGGUUAAUUGGCCACUCCAAAUUGUCCAUAGGUAUGAAUGUGAGUGUGAAUGGUUGUUUGUCUAUAUGUGCCUUGUGAUUGGCUGGCCACCAGUCCAGGGUGGACCCAGCCUCUCCCCAAGACAGCUGGGAUAGGCUCCAGCACCCCCGCAGCCCUUAUAUUGGGAUGGAGGGAGGGAGGGGUCUUGUUGCUGGCCGUAGCCAGAGAGAGAAGAGGAGGUCGUACAAAGAUCUUCUACGAGAGGAGGAAGAGAUUGCAGCUCAGGUCCGCAAGUCUUCCAAAAAACGCCCAAAGGAUUCAGAGCUAUUCAUGCUGUCAGGAGACUCACACAAAAAGAAGAAGAAACAUAGCGACGAGUACUAUUACAGAGAUCAUGAUGGACUGGGCCCACCCCUCCACAAAAAGAAGCACAAAUCUACAGACCGCUCUCCAACUCUCUCUUCCCCCUCAUCCUCCCACCCAGCAGAUACAGCUAUGGGCCUUCUGCAAGCUAUCACAUCCCCCCUAGCCACAGGAUCAGACCCCACUCCCCACUUGCACAAAAAACCUUCCUAUCCAUCCUUCUCCUCACACUCCUCAAAAGACCGCAAGCGGGAGGGCAGCAGCAGUGGAAGCAAAGGUAGCCACUCCUUUUCUCAAUCCCACCUUAUGUCUUCAUCGUUAUCUUCAUCCAAGAAGCACUCCUCAUCUUCCUCCAAGUCGUCUCUAUUCCACGGCGGCGCUCCCAAAGAGGAGCCUUUAACGUUACGGGAGGCUGACGGGCUAAAAAUGAAACUGAUCAUGUCACCAAAGAAAGAGGAAGAAGAUACCCUCCCGGUAUCACCCAACUUAUCCAAGGUGAAGAAGGACAAGGAUCAAGAUCGGAUGGCGAUGUCGAAGUCACCCAAGAAGAAACAGCAACAUAGUCGAGAUCCUCUGCCGGUAGUGGGGAAAGAGGUGGAAGUGGAAGGUCAUUACGGAGGAGGCAUGGGAGCUGACAGCUCUUCGUCGGGAGGAGAGCUGGAGGCGGGUGAACUAGUUAUAGACGACUCGUACACACAUUUGUCAAAAAAGAAGAAAAAGAGCAAGAAAAGCAAAAAGAAAAAGGACAAGGAGAAAGACAGAGACAAGGACAAGUGUGGGAAGGACAAGAAGCAUGGCAAAGACUCGUCAAGGAGCCAUAGCAACAUCCAUCCCAUUGUCCCUCAUAGCGCUGUUGGUCCAAUGUACACGAAGGCAGUGCCCAUCUCUCACCACCACAGUCAAGGCGGUGAUGGAUCAAUGGAGAAGAAGAAGAAGAAAGAGGAGAAGGAUAGAGAGAAGAGUGAGAAGGACAAAGAUAAGCCCAAGAAGAAGAGCGCAUCAGCGUAUCAGGUGUUUUGCAAGGAGUACAGGGUGAACAUAACUGCUGAACAGCCGGGACUAGUUUUUGGUGAGCUGAGCAAAAAAUUGGCAGAGGUAUGGAAGAGAAUGCCCGAGAAAGACAAACUGUUUUGGAGGCAGAAAGCUCAGUAUCUGCAGCACAAACAGAACAAGGCUGAGGCUACCACAGUUAAACACAAGAGCUCUAGCAAAAGCAAAGGAUUGGUGUCCCAAACCAACAGGGCGUCGGUCACUGUGCCUCUUUCCCCAGCACGUGUCCCUGAGGUUGAUCCCAUCGAUGCAGCUGCGCAUCUGCAGCUGCUUGGAGAGUCCUUGUCCCUGAUUGGACAUCGGCUCCAGGAAACAGAGGGGAUGGUGGCCGUGUCUGGAAGCUUGUCUGUGCUUCUUGAUUCCAUCUUGUGUGCCCUCGGGCCUCUGACCUGUCUCACAGCUCAAAUACCACAGUUAAAUGGAUGUCCCCGAAAUGUCCUGUCAAACACGCUGGACAACAUUGCUUACAUCAUGCCUGGGUUGUGAACGAAGGACCACAAGCAAACCGGAGUCAACAAAUUCAAUGAGAUAGUUCUUGAGAAAAAGCGCCUUUGGACUUUAUUAGAAGCCACUGUCUGGACUCUUCUGAAAAAUAUUUUUAAUCUUUUUAAAAUGAUGUGUUUUUUUUAGGCCUUGUUAUUAUAUAAAUAUUUUCAUUGUUGUACUUAAAAACAUUUUAGUCUCAGCUUAGUUUCAUUGUACAGUGUGGAUUUGUGUGAAACAUUCUUUUUUAUGCCGAAUGAGUGUGUAGAUGCUUUUGUACAGGUCUCCUUUUUUCUGCUUAGUAAAGAAACACCACCUAUGUUUACUCCUCAUUAACACGAGGCAAUUACAAUUAACAGACAGAAUUAAUAAGGUAUUCUGUCUGUCUGCCUGUCUAUAAUAUAUUUGUAAUGUGCCUGUUUUUUUCCUUUGAUUGUUGGAAAACAUGUCAGUCCUUGCUGUUUUAUACAUUUGUGACGUGAAUUAGUGAAUUACAGCAACAAUGAUUCCUAUUAGAAAAAGUAAUUUAAUAGCGCCAAUAAACUGUGCUGCUUUGUGUGAUUUUAA